GGGAUCAUCGUAUUUUGGAACGGUCGCUUUUCGCAUCCCAACGGAUACUUUAACGCGCCAAGGUUAAUUUUAUAGUUGAAAACCACCUCUCUUCCGGAUAAACCUUAGCUCCCAUCGUGACCACGAGGACUUGCACUCCCCAAUUAUCCCCUUUUUUUCCCUAAAGUGAAGUGUUAACAAAAGUGUUUUGUGAUUUUUGUUUAACCCAAAAAAUGGGCUACAAUAAAAAAUAUAGAUGUUCAGUGAAAUGAGCCAUAAAUUAUCUCUCACAAUUUUUUUUUCGUAACAUUCUUGCCAAGAAGCUUUUGAACUCACUACACUUUCACCCUGUUUGGCGUGUUUUGACCAAAAAGUAAUUUAUAGGAUUUUUUUCCUCCUUUGGCCCAAAACAGUGUUGUUAAAAAAAAAGCGCGGUAAAAAAAAGACGGACAGACCGGAUUCUAUUUUGCUAAACAUGCACAUAAAUUUGUACGCAUUUGUGGAAAAAAAGUUCACACGUUAAGGAAUAAAAGCUCCCUCCCCAACCGAAUAAUUAGCCGUGAAAAGUAUCGCUGGCUUUAGGCGUUCACCAGCAAUUAUUUUCCCCACAAAAUGUACGAGAGCUCGUGUUCAUAUCAGACGGCUCUGGAUCUCAAGAGGCCUCAGGUGAAGUCUGAGGAUUGCCUAGGAGUACCUCAGUGUUCACCGGAUUGGGCUUCCUACCGCUUUCACCAGUCCACAUUUGAGCAGCUGAAACAGAGUGUGGAAAAGGCCAAAGCUGCCCUGCAGGAUCGCACCUUUCUAGGAUCCACAGGGGCCUUCAGCGAUAUCUAUGCCUCGCCCAGACUGGCGGAAUCCCUGGAGACGGUGGUGUCCCUGGGAAAUGCCGCCGGGUGCAAUGUCGUGGGCGUGAUCAAUGGCCAUAGGAAUGAUUUAAUCUCAUCCAGCACAACGACAGCCUCCUCAACAUCAAUGGUGGACUCUCUAAAUGACGUGUCGGAAAUCAGCAAAAUCAGAUUAGGCCAUGAGAAAACUAUAAAUCUCCCUGCCCAGGAUGAUGUGAGAAAUGUUAAAUGUAACACAGAUUCUUCCUACAAAUCGUCAUGGAGUUCGCAUAGCACGACACAAUCACAAGGUUACAGUUCCAACGCACUGAGUAGCGUAGGUGUCGGAAAAACCACCAUUGAUCCACAUCCCCACCUUCGACAACCAGAUCCAUAUCAAAUGUUUGGACCAACCAGCAGUAGGUUAGCAAGUUCAGGAUCAGGACAAAUUCAACUGUGGCAGUUCCUGUUGGAGCUCCUGAGCGAUUCGGCGAACGCAGGAUGCAUCACAUGGGAGGGUACCAACGGCGAAUUCAAACUCACCGAUCCAGAUGAAGUUGCACGAAGAUGGGGUGAACGAAAGUCCAAGCCCAAUAUGAACUACGAUAAGCUGAGUCGAGCUUUAAGAUAUUACUACGAUAAGAACAUAAUGACGAAGGUUCAUGGCAAGCGGUACGCGUACAAGUUUGACUUCCAAGGACUCGCGGCCGCAACGCAACCCGCAACGAGUGACCCAACGUACAAGUACCAGAGCGAUUUGUUUAUGGCACCAUAUCAUCACGGAGCUAAGCUCAGUUCCUUCAUGAGUCCCCACCACGGAAUGACUUCCACCUCAGCAUCAAUUUUCCCAUCGGCGGCGUCGUGGAGCAAUUGGGGCGGCCCUACGACAAAUCUCUAUCCUCCCCACUCGAUGAGCCACGUCACACCACCCCAUGUCACCCCCCAUCUGGGCACCUAUCCGCACUACGCAUGACCGUCCCCCACCACCGGCGGAUUCUAAUUCCCGUAGACGGUGGCGCCCUCAUGAGCUGAAUCGUCGGCAGAGAAUCCUGAACCUUCAAGGAAUUCCAUUGGGUUUUCACCUGGAAGGCAGCUGGACAGCUGAUAGAGAUACUCUGAUUGAAAAGGGUUUGAAAACUUCACAGAAAUAUUUGCUUUCGUUCUUUAUUGACAUCUUUCACUUAGUCUUUCGUUCAGUUUACUGUCAAUUUUGCUUUUAAUAAACCAA